GGGGCCCACGAAGAGACCACUCUCUGAAGGAGCGCAUGCGCACUUUUGUAUUGGGUGGCGGUGAUUUCCACUCUCCGCUCGCUUUCCUGGGCGCCCCCUUAGCCACCUUCGUUUGUUGGUUCGCUCACCUCUGUGGACCCUGACGGGGGUCUCGGACUCCGCCAGUCGACCACUAAACGCGAAUAGUAUGUCCAGCAGUGCCGCGCACCAGGAAGCGGGAGCAGCAGCCGCAACGGGGACCGCGGGAGGCGCGCAACAAGAGCGGGGCCUGUCGGGCGCCUUCCCCAUGGUGCUGAAGAAGCUGAUGGAAAAUCCGCCGCGGGACGCGCGCCUCGAUAAAGAGAAGAAGGAAAAACUUGAGGAAGAUGAAGCAGCAGCUGCUAGUACAAUGGCAGUCUCUGCCUCCCUUAUGCCUCCUAUCUGGGACAAAACAAUUCCUUAUGAUGGGGAGUCUUUCCAUCUGGAGUACAUGGAUCUUGAUGAGUUUCUGUUGGAGAAUGGAAUCCCUUCCAGUCCUACUCGCCUGGAUUUGAAUCAGAACCCACUCUUGCCUGUGGCUGACCUGGAAGGAAAAGAACCUGCUAGUGCUUCUGCUGCUGCCUCCCCACCCUCAUCAUCUUCCACAGUGGUUUUCCAGCCAUCAGAAACUACCACAAGUGAAGAAUCCUCACCAGAUAAUGAGAGACUGACUCCCAGCCCUAUUGAUCCAGACUGUGUUGAAGUUGAUGUGAAUUUCAACCCUGAUCCUGCUGAUUUAGUGCUGUCCAGUGUACCUGGAGGUGAGCUCUUCAAUCCUCGAAAGCACAGGUUUGCUGAAGAGGACCUAAAACCACAGCCCAUGAUUAAAAAAGCCAAGAAAGUCUUUGUUCCAGAAGAUCAAAAGGAUGAAAGAUAUUGGACAAGGCGGAAGAAGAACAACGUGGCAGCGAAGCGAUCUCGUGAUGCUCGACGCUUGAAAGAGAACCAGAUCACAAUCAGAGCUGCCUUUCUGGAGAAGGAGAAUACAGCCCUGAGGACCGAGGUGGCAGAGCUGCGAAAGGAAGUGGGAAAAUGCAAGAACAUUGUCUCUAAAUAUGAGAGCAGAUAUGGACCCUUUGACUUAUCCGAUUCCGAGUGAUGCAACUUUAAAGACUCUUAAAAUCUCAAAGAAACUAAAAACUACACAUGAAACCAUCUGUCGUCAGAGUGAAUAGUGAAAGAUGUGAGGUAUUCUACACAAACAACUGAUGAUGACCCUUCUUUCAUGCAAGUACCUCAUCUGAACUACCUAAGGGCUGAGAAUGGUGAAAAGGUCAAGGUUCCUAAUGCUACGCUUCUCUUUGUACUGCUGUUUUUCCUGUAACCACAACCUGCAGUACAGUUAUUAACUCUUUUCAGUUACACUUGAUGCUUGAGUUCAGUUUGAAUAAGUAGUGGUGAUCCUUUGAGGGCAGAAAGGGGCAAGUUUUAACUGAAUAUGACUUAAACUAUAAUUUAAGAUUUCUCUCUGUUUUUUUAUCUGUUCUGGGCUUUAGAAUGGAUAUCAAUAUUGCAACUAAAUUCUGUUAAUCUAUCAUCUUGUACUAUAGGAACAGAAACAGCAUAUGUGAAAAAUAGACUAAAAAGAAAUAUGUUUUGGUGAAAUAUACAACCAAUAUAUCAAUUGAAAUAGCAAGUACCCCAAGAUGCACUAUAUCUUAAAAAAAUGCUAGCAAGUUAGAUGCACCUUAUUUUCUCAGUUGAUAAAAGUUCACAGUCAGUUUCUGAAAUUAGCAUUUUUUCUUAAGCUUGCUGACCUCUGAUAAUAGUGUUGUAAAUUGUGAUAGCAGGCCAAUGCAUUUUCACAAUCUACUCUUUGUAAUAAUCCUUAGAAAACCCUAUUUCUUUAUUUUCAUAAACAUACUCAUGUAAUGUAAUAAAUAGUGGGGAGUGUGAUAAAAUUACAGGUGCAAAACUA